UCACCGCGGACUGCAGGGGCCUGAGCCGCUGCUGCCGCCGCCGCUGCCCCUGUCGCGUAGCCCCAUAUCAACUCACGGGGGCCCUGUCACCACAGCUGCCGAAAAGUCGCCACCGCUAGGGUCACCACCGCAUCGGUGCAGGGCAAGAUGGCGUCGGCCACAGACUCACGCUAUGGGCAGAAGGAGUCCUCGGACCAGAACUUCGACUACAUGUUCAAGAUCCUCAUCAUUGGCAACAGCAGCGUGGGCAAGACGUCUUUCCUAUUCCGCUAUGCAGACGAUUCCUUCACGCCUGCUUUUGUCAGCACUGUGGGCAUAGACUUCAAGGUCAAGACCAUCUACCGCAACGACAAGAGGAUCAAGCUGCAGAUCUGGGACACAGCAGGGCAAGAGCGAUACCGGACCAUCACCACGGCCUACUACCGGGGUGCCAUGGGCUUUAUCCUCAUGUAUGACAUUACCAACGAGGAGUCCUUCAACGCCGUGCAGGACUGGUCGACCCAGAUCAAGACCUACUCAUGGGACAAUGCCCAGGUGCUGCUGGUGGGGAACAAGUGUGACAUGGAAGAUGAACGGGUGGUGUCGUCAGAACGUGGCCGGCAGUUGGCUGACCACCUUGGCUUUGAGUUCUUUGAGGCAAGCGCCAAGGACAACAUUAAUGUCAAGCAGACCUUUGAGCGCCUGGUGGACGUCAUCUGUGAGAAGAUGUCCGAGUCAUUGGACACGGCCGACCCUGCAGUCACGGGUGCCAAGCAGGGCCCACAGCUCACGGACCAGCAGGCGCCUCCGCACCAGGACUGCGCCUGCUGAGAGCUGCCCUGCCCCCACCCCCGCCCUCCCCACCCCCCGGGCCUGAUCCAGCCCCCACUGGCCGAGGGCACGAGACCUCUGCCCCCACUUGGCCCCUCACCCUUAUUUAUUAUUGUAGUUAUUUAUUUAUUUAUUGGAGAUGUCCCCCAGGGGCACGGGCUCCCUGCCCAUCCCACGUCCCACCCUGUACAUACAGCCCUGUCCCCACUCUGCCGUGGCGUGUCGUGGCCCUGUGAACUCACCGCUUCCCCUCCUCUCAAGACCCCACCUUUUUUAAAAUUCACCCCCCAUCGAGAGUUACUGGUUUUGAAGAGGGGGCCCGAUGACACCCCAGGGCAGGCUCAUUGGGUGAUGGGAGGUAGUCUGGUUGGCCAGCCUCUUGGCUGUGACUCGCUGGGCCAAGGCCACUCGGGGGGGGGGGGGGGGGGGUCUCAGCAUGGACCAUGGGGUGGAUCAGAGCCAGGCAGUGACCCACCUGGCUCCUCACCCCCCAAAGUUUUACCCUUUUUUAGAGGUGAGGGCUGCUGUGGGUACUCGCCACCCUGGGACCCCCCCGAAACACCAGACCUGCUCGGACGUCAUGAGUGUCAAACGUGCCCCUCGGAUCCCUAGGAGAUGUCAUGACCACACUACACACACCCAAUAAAGUGAAUGGAUGA